AUGUCUGCAGCACACGACUUCCGUCAUAACCAGCAUCUUCCACCGAGCCCACCUCCCUCACCCCCAUCUACACGACGGAGACACAAGAAGAAGAAAUCAGACCCAUUCGAGGAACUCGCAACCACACCAAUACCCUCGCUGCCAUCUUCCCCAGCAAACGAGCUGAACGACGACCAAGAAUCGCUUUUGACAAGAAUUAUCUUGACGCCUGUAUUAUUCACAUCCUUCCUCCUCUCCCUCUUCCUCGUCAACUACCGCAACCGCGCCCGCCGCACCGAAGCCCACUCUCCCGGCUUCUCUCUCCUCACCUACCUCGCCCCGUCUAGCUGGCUCGAUCCAGAACCCUACCAAGACCCCGACGAUUCAACAUGGGGCCGAAGAGGAACCAUUGGACACGUAGAGCCUCAUGACGCGAUAGGGCCGCGGCCAGACGAGCAAGGCGAGGAGAAGCCCAAGCAGAGGAAAAAGAAAAAGUCAUGGCAUCUGAAUAGGAAGAUUAGAAAAAUGGCCAAGUUGGAGAUUGGCGACGCGCUUGAGAUGCGGGGGCGCAUGAUUGUGGUUAUGCUUGCAGUGUUGGGGUUGACGUGUGGCAUGUUGUGGAUGGGUGUCAAGUGGGCUGUUGUCUCGGUAUCGGGCAUGAUGUAUGGCGCGAAAGCGUAA